CAGCAUUGGAUUGUGGGAUCGCUGCAGAGCAACAACUUCCAAGAUGUCGUCGAUGAUGCUCUCCUUGAGGACUUGCUCUAAUGUCAUAAAACGUCACUCUAGCAGUAUUCAGCAAUGGGUCCGUCAUGCACAGUCCUCUGCGGCCUCUGCCUCCAAGGAAAACGCUCGAAUUAAGACGUUUGCUAUUUACAGAUGGGAUCCUGACAAGCCUGGUGACAAACCCCGUAUUGAGACAUAUGAGGUGGACUUAAAUACCUGUGGCCCUAUGGUGCUUGAUGCUCUCAUCAAAAUCAAGAAUGAAAAGGAUUCCACCCUAACAUUUCGACGGUCAUGCAGAGAGGGAAUCUGUGGCUCGUGUGCUAUGAAUAUUAAUGGUGGAAACACACUGGCUUGUACUAAGAAGAUAGACACAAACACCAGCAAAGUGACCAAAAUCUACCCCCUCCCCCACAUGUAUGUGGUGAAAGAUCUUGUGCCUGAUUUAAGUAAUUUUUAUGCACAGUAUAAGUCAAUUGAGCCUUAUCUGAAGAAGAAAGAUGAAUCUAAGCAGGGCAAGGCACAGUACAUUCAAUCAAUGGAGGACAGGGAGAAACUGGAUGGUUUGUAUGAAUGCAUUCUUUGUGCCUGUUGCAGCACCAGUUGCCCCAGUUACUGGUGGAAUGGAGACAAAUAUUUGGGUCCAGCUGUUUUGAUGCAGGCCUACAGGUGGAUGAUUGACUCACGAGAUGAUUUCACAGAAGAACGGCUAUCCAAACUUCAGGACCCAUUCUCUCUUUAUCGUUGCCACACUAUCAUGAACUGCACAAGAACGUGCCCCAAGGGUCUAAAUCCAGGAAAAGCAAUUGCAGAGAUCAAGAAGAUGAUGGCAGUGUACAAAAAUAAUAAAACAGCCACAGCUUAACCUGCAAUUACUUCCUGGCAUUUUAAGUUAUUUUCAAACAAGAUACUCUGUGUGUUUUUGCAGUGAAGUGAGAAUGGAUACAUUCUGUUAUGGAAGAUUGAAAUAAAAUGCUGCUCAUUAUGUUUCUAAAA